UCUUCCUCCACCCCCACCUCUAUGCGAAUCCAGACAUUGCAGGUGAAUUGCACGCGUGAGCUGCUGGAGAUGCAGCUCACACUAAGCCGGGCGUUCCGUGGCCUGCUCUACGCCAAGGACUUCCCGCUGGAGUGUCGGUCGCGCGGUCAGGACGCUACGCACAUCGCGCUGCGGCUGCCCACCUCGGGCUGUGGUGUGCGCGCCGAGCCGCUGCCCGACGGCGGCAUGGAGUACACCGUGCGGAUCAUGCUCCAGACGGAGCAGAAGCUACGCCAGAGCACGGACAUCCUGCGCACCGUGCGCUGCCAGCUGCCGGCGAAGGCGAUGGGCAUGCCGCUGCCGCUGCACGGCCGAGAUCGCAAUGCGCGCAUGCGCGCCCUGGCCGCAGCUGCAUCGGCGGCCGCAGCACAGACGCAUCUCAUGGACACGCCGCGCGUGCGCAUCUGGCUGGAGCUGGGCGGUCCCAAUGGCUCGGGCUCCGUGGAGGUGGGCAUGGCCACCACCCUGACCGUGCGCGCGAUUGUGCCGGGCACGAUUGGAGUGCGCGUCGUCGACUGCGCUGCUCUGGAUGGCCUGGGUGAGUCGACGCAGCAGCUGCUCGACGCCCGCGGCUGUCCCAUCGACGAACAGGUAAUGCCGGCAUUGCAUACGAGCUUGAAGCCCGCCGAGGAAGGGUGGUCCAAGCAGCAUGAGGAAGAUCUGGUCGAGCGCACGUUUAUGGCCACAUUCGCCGCCUUCAAGUUUCCUGAUCGCGAGCGACUGCACGUGAGCUGCGGCGUACAGCUCUGCAGAGGGAAGUGCCCAAACCUGAAUUGUCGCCUCGCCGAGCAGCAACUGCAGCUGAACGGGGAUCAGCACCUGGCGCGCAUCGAGGUGUUCAACUCGUUGGCCGUGACUGCGCCGCAGAUCGAAGUGGAUCGCCUGCGCUACGACCGUCGCUACAACAUGAGUGUGGAGGACUAUGUGCCGCACGUGCGUCCUCUGGUGGGCGAGGGCACGCUCUGUCUGUCCAUUUCGAAGCUGGCCAUCUCGUUCUGCAUACUGGGCUCCAUCUUUCUGAUCGCCGUGGUUGUGGCCAUCUUCUCGCUGAUCCGCACUCGGCGACGCCAGCAGGGGCGUGGCUCGGCCCUGGGCCUGGGCAUGGGCUUGUCCGGCACUGGCACGGCUACUGGCAGCACGUCGAACAACAGCAGCAGCCGGCUACAUCGCGCCGAAAUAUGCACCUCCAUGUUCUCCUCCAGCAGCGAGUCGGCCCAGUCCGGCCCACGCUUUGGCGGCAAGUUUCUAAUGCCAUUGCCGUACUAUCCAACCACUCUGCCCUAUGGCCGUGUCUAUUGAGGGUGUGAAAACGUAAAAAUUCAUUGCAAAGUUUUAUCUCUAUUCAGGCGUAUUUUGGUAGAACAAUUCUAUAGACUGAUGUGGCUUCAAUCUCAAUUAUGCAAUUCGUUUAACGAAUUCUCAACGAAAAUACCAAAAUAAUUUAUAACGGCUCACAUAAAUAAAUAUAUGCAUACGUAUAUAUACAUA